CUGAUAGAGAAUUUCAGGCUGUUUUAUAGUGUUUUAACCAUGGAAAGUGAGUGGGAGCGCACAGCUUAUUGUGGAGGAAAAGAAUGGACCCUGUGAAAACUGACCCCACCAAGAAGGACUGACUUCCACCACCUCCAUGUCCCCCUCCUCUCCGUGCCAGGUGUCUGCGAAGCGCGAGGAGGGCUACAAGCCGGCAGCGGUGCCCCCAGCUCCACCCGUCCCGCCUCGCAGGGUCCGGAGCCGGGACGGGGGCUCCGGAGGAAGGACGCGGAGGGCAGCAGCUCCGGAGAGGCGGGUGAAGUGUGUGCUGGUGGGGGACGGAGCUGUGGGGAAAACCAGUCUGGUGGUCAGCUACACCACCAAUGGUUACCCCACCGAGUACGUUCCGACAGCGUUUGACAACUUCUCUGCGGUUGUAUCAGUGGAUGGACAGCCAGUGAAACUUCAACUCUGUGAUACAGCUGGACAGGAUGAGUUCGACAGGCUUCGCCCGCUGUGUUACACCAGUGCAGACGUGUUCAUGCUGUGCUUCAGUGUCGUCAGUCCCGCCUCCUUCCAGAAUGUUCCUGAAAAAUGGGUCCCAGAGAUCCGUAAACACGCCCCAUUCGUUCCCCUUGUCCUUGUGGGGACACAGUGUGACCUCCGGGAAGAUGUCAAGGUGCUCAUCGACUUGGCUAAGUACAGAGAGAGACCCGUUGACCCCACAGAUGCCCGGGAAUGUGCCAUGGAGAUUGGUGCUGUGGCCUACAUGGAGUGCUCCUCUCUGACCCAAAAGAAUUUAAAGGAGGUUUUCGAUACAGCCAUCCUUGCCAGCCUGCAGAAAUACAGCUCCCGGAAACACUCGAGAAGCAAACAGAAGCAUCGAAAAAAGCCAAGGCAGACCCCAGACAAGAUGAAGAGGCUUUCAAAGUCAUGGUGGAAAAGGUACUGCUGCGUGGCCUAGAGCAGGCCUGGGAUGCUCCUAGACAGGAUUCAUCUGGUUUCAGCGAUUCCAAAGACACUUUUUUUUAUACAUAAAGUAACUAUACACAACCAUGCUGGGAACAUGGAUUGAAACAGAGUAAGACUUUUGCAAAUGUGAAAUGUUUUUAUCCAUAUUGCAAAUCUGAUUUACUACUGAGUUUCUAGCAUGAAUUCAAUGCAAGGUUCUUCUUUGUUUAUUUACUUAAAGCAAUGGUUCUGUCCUGUUCUGGGACCAUAAAAGACAGAGUUUUGAUAGUUUUGAUAGCUUCUUUUUUUUUGUUUGGUUCCCAGCAUGUUUGAUAUAUUUAUCCUGCCUUUUUUAUGUAUUCCAGAGGAGAAAUGUGUUGGACAUAAAUAUAAAUAUAUCUGAUGAUCUAAACUUAACAACACUGUCAGUUGACUAAACUAAUCCUCUAAACUCUUCCCCUGUGGAAUUGUUUAAAAGUAGGUAUGGAAAGUGCUGUCCAAAACCAGAACUUUGUAAAUUAGGAUUUUGUGAUGCCGACAUGGUCUCCAGUUCGACCUAAGAUUUAGGAUACUCUGAUGAAAGGAUUCACUCACUUGUAGAUUUUAUAUAUUUAGUUCCAUGUUUUCCAGUCAAUGAAUCAGACCUUGAUUAACUUUAUUUUUUGGUCUUAAGCGGAACAAUUCACACUUAGUUUAGAUUUGAAGGUUUUUGUGGAAGCUCAGAGAUAUAUAAUUGUGUUCUGAACUCAUGCAAAUGUUUUGUCUCAUAAGAUAACACUAAAUGUGCCUGCUUUGAUCAAAACUAAGAUUUCCAAACAACACGCAUUCUUUAUGUCAUGAGGAAAUAAAAAAUAGCAGAAAGCAAA